CCUUGUCCCACUUUGCUUGUGGAUAAAGUCCUUUUUCUGCACUUUGUUGAUUUCAAAACAAGAGGUGUUCUUUUUCUUUCUUUCUUCUAUCAUUCAUUUUUUUUUUCUCGAGAAAAACCGAAGGAAACUGAAUAGAGGGUUUUAUUGUGUGUUGUUGAAAUAUUUUGAUUUUUUUUUCUAUGGCUGAAAUUUUGACCAAGACAAGUUUGGUUUCAUCUUGGCAUGGGAACAGAAAACAGCAACAUCGAAGGUUGUCCAUGGUUCCCAAUAAGACUUGUAGCUUCAACACUUGCGUGGGAAGUUUCCCAUCUUUGAAGCUAAAAUCUCAGUUUCUUAGAUCUUCCUCUUUUUCAUCUGAGUUUUAUGGGAAAAAUACUAUCUUUCGUGUAAAUAGAUCAAUACCCAACAGGAUUAAUUCACAAUUUUCAGUUUCAGCUGCGCCUAAGAUGACACUUAGAAUAGGAAAAAUUCAGAAAUGGUGGGAAAAGGGGCUUCAACCUAACAUGAGAGAAGUGACUUCAGCUCAAGAUCUUGUAGAUUCACUUUUAAACGCAGGGGACAAACUUGUCAUUGUUGACUUUUUCUCUCCUGGUUGUGGUGGCUGCAGAGCCCUUCACCCUAAGAUAUGUCAAAUGGCAGAGAUGAAUCCUGAUGUUGAGUUCCUUCAAGUGAACUAUGAAGAGCAUAAAUCCAUGUGUUAUAGCCUUAAUGUUCAUGUCCUUCCUUUCUUCCGCUUCUAUAGAGGCGCUCAUGGUCGCUUAUGCAGCUUUAGCUGCACCAAUGCCACGAUCAAGAAGUUUAAAGAUGCAUUGGCCAAACACACUCCAGAUAGAUGCAGCUUGGAACCAACCAAAGGGUUAGAGGAGAAAGAGCUCAUAGCUUUAUCUGAAAACAAAGAUCUUAACUUCACAUACACACCAAAACCUCUUCAACCUGUGCAUACACCUGCAAAUGAAGAGUUGGCGACAACCAAAGCCUCUCCUGUUUGUUCGGAGCCUCUUCCUUUACCUUCAUUGACCUCGAAUUCUGAUGAAGUCUUGAAGGAGAGAACCCUGACAAGGGCUGGAAGAUGAUGUUGUCAGUUUAUUAGCAACCUCAUCUUCUGACUAAAUCACUUGUACAGUGUAGGGUUUGGUAUUAUAUCUUGAAGUAGUUUAUACUUGUGAAAUGAAGUUAUUAUCCAAGAUUGAGUCAUAUAGUGUGUAUUCCUCCAAGGCUGUUGGAUUUAUGGUUUUUUUAAUCCAUCAUGCCUUGCUAGAUAUUAGAGAAAUUUGAAGCAUUAGAGUUAUUAGAAAUUGCGAUCGUGAUCUAGGCCGGGACUGUGAAGGCCGCAUCUGACCAUGAUUCUCCAGAAUUGCAAUUUGAAACCUUGAUUAUUAGUUGGUCUUUUUUGUGUGUUUGAGAAGGAAUCCCUUCCAAAUGUUGUAAAAUGUAUGUCAUUUUAUUCAGUAAUGAAUAAUCUUGCUUUUGUUCUA